AUGGAGGAGUUAACCGUGGGAACAUCCAGAGAGACAGGGGUUAAUUUCCCCAAAGACAACGAGACCAGAUUAUCCCAAACAGGGAACCUCACCUUAGCCGACAGGCCUGCACUCACAACAUCACAGGUGUCACCUUUGACCCCUCGAGAGGACACAACGACUGUAUCCCUCCAGCUCACGACCGUGACCACCACAACCAUAGCUUCAACCACAACCACAACUACAACACAGCCAAUCACAGAGAGCCCAACCACGACAACAACACGCAGAACCACCACCACCACUGCUCCAGCCUCUAGGAGGACACUGUCACCUCCAAUCCCAAAGACCAAACCCAGAGGGACGACCACCCCGUUCCCCUUCACCACCACCACGGAGGCUCCACCCCGGCAGUGCAACGUCACAGAGAAGAUCUGGGUUAAAACAAUUCUGACCAUCCAUGUGAGAAGGAACCGCCUGGACAGCAUCCAGAGACAGAACCUGCGUAGAGGGCUGACCCAGGCUCUGAGUAGAGCUCUGAAUGACACCACUGCCCAGGCUCAGGUGGAGACUGUGUUUGGCUCUCCCAACGUGACGGUGGGCUACCACGUGAUUGGAGCAGACAUGGUGUACCCGCCCUCUGUGGUGGUCGAGGCGCUCCACUCCUACGGCCGGGAUAGGCUGAUGGGUGACGUGCGACAGUUUGUCCCCAUGGUAACGGCACUGCCCAACACAGCCGCACCAUGGAAACCCAGCCCAGCUAUCAGCCUCCAGCUCAAAACAGUUCUGCGCUUCGUAGGUCCAGGAGAUGACCCGCGUUCCUGUCGGUUCUCGCAGAUGAUGGAACAGAGGCUGGAGAACGUGUUCUCUGAGGCCCAGGCCAAAGUGCUGGACGUCCACACCAGACUCUCUGUCCAGAUGCUGAGUGUGUCUCAGUCAGUGGGUUCUCCUGCUGUGUCUCUGGUCUACAUGGUGAGGAACGGGACUUCCCCUCUCAACGGCACCGCCGCCUCUAACCUCCUGGGUCAGCUGACCGCCGAGAUGGUCGGCUACUUCCUGUUCUACCCACCGCUGGUCAUUGCUGAACCGUUGGAAUACCACAACCUCAAUACCUCCAUCGCUACCAGAGACUUCUGGGUAAUCACAGUCAUCCUGGAUGUGGAUAACUCAUCUCUGGAGAGCCAGUACCAGAGCUUUGCCAGUCUCAUGGAGCAGCGCCUGGCUGAGCUGUUUGUGGUUGCUCGCCAGCAGGGCACUCGCUUCAGGAGAGCCACCACUGUGGACAGCUACACGGUCCAGAUGGUGAGUAUCCGUCGAGUGAUGGGUCAGAAGAACCCGGCAGAGAUGACCUACUACGUUCAGCUGAACGGUCGUCCGUUACCGGGCACGUCAGCCGCCAAGGUCCUGAACACGCUGGACUCUCAGACCAUGGCCCUCACACUGGGCUACUUCGUUCAUCUGCAGGCUGAACCCGUGGUGAAGAAUCCUCCAAACAAUCUGUGGAUCAUCGCAGCUGUGCUGGCCCCUAUCGCCGUGGUAACGCUCAUCAUCAUCAUCAUCACCGCCGUGCUCUGCCGGAAGAACAAGAGCGACUUUAAAGCCGACGCCAUGGGCAACCUCAACCCCCGUGUCAAGCCUGUCCAGGGAUUUGACUAUGCCAAGCAGCACUUGGGCCGGGUGCAGGGUGGGGAGGGAGAGACCCUCCCCGUGACCCAGGACACCCUGGUGCUGCCCCUGCCCAUCCGGGAAGCCCACCUCUCCCUCUCCCUGGAGAAAGCCCUGCACCAGGACGGCACCGCCAACAAGAAGACCCUCAACUCGGACAUACGCAAGAGCAGGUUGCCGAGCGAGGACGGUUCCGUCAUCAGCAACGAAUCAGAGAAGCUCAACUCUGGUCGGGGCUCGGCGGCUCAGAAAGUCACAGCACAGCAGAAAUUGACAAAGGAGGAGACACGCAAGAAGAACGAUCCCUACGACACCUCGUUUGGUUCCCUGCAGCUUAUUUCCAUAAAGCCCAUGACUGCUCCGCCCACCUAUUCACGCCCCGCCUCCUCUGACCGCAGCCAAGACUCAGCCAUCCUCAAUGGAAAUGGAGAGGUGAACCUAGCUCUGAAGCAGAAGUCCGACAUAGAGCACUACAGGAACAAGCUGAGGCUGAAGGCUAAGAGGAAAGGCUACUAUGACUUCCCCUCAGCGGACGGCAGCGAGUGUGGUAGCAGGGCGCUGGCACAGAGGCAGAGACACGGACAUGAGAGGGCACCUGGAGAGCAUGGCCCACCACUGGAGCCUGAUGAAGACCGGGCAUCCACCUACGUCAAGUCCAGCAGGAGACACUCUCAGGUGAGGCAGCGGACCUAUCGGAGCAGGCAGAGCCUGAACAGCCCGAGUACCGGAGGAACAGAGAUGGACCUGCUGGUUAUGAGGGAGAGACCCAGGAGAGGCAUCAGGAACAGCGGCUACGACACUGAACCGGAGCUGAUUGAGGAGACCAAUGUGGAUCGUCUGAUUGGCCCGCGGGGGGGUUAUGUCUGCCCAAGAGGGGUCAAAGGUCACUCAGAGACCUCCACGUUGAGCUCCCAGCCGUCCAUCGACGAGGUACGCCAGCAGAUGCACCUGCUCUUGGAGGAGGCCUUCAGCCUGGCCUCAGGGGGACACUCCUCCACAGCCGGACGCCACCACCACUCCCAUCAUCCCCACCCCCACCACGGUUACCACCACGGCCACUACAGCCCCGGACCUCCACCCCUGCCCUACUCUGACGUGGUGACCAGUGCCCCGGGAACCAUGAGCCGUGGCCGGGGAGGAGGGCUGCAGUGGGUGCCGGCGUACGGAGCAGAGAUGUAUCAGUGCAGCCUCCCCAGACCGGCCUUUAGGUUCACCCAGCUUCCUGACAUGGUUAUGACCUCUCCUCCACCCCCUAUUCCCCCUCGCACCGGCCCCCCUCCUGGGACCUCUCUAAGACGCUCAUCGCCUGACCUGAGGUCCAAGGCCAGGAUCUCAGAGUCUGGGACCAACAUGACGGACAUGCAGACCCAGCAUAAUGACAGCAGCGCCCCCUAUGUCUCUCUCUCCAGAGCAGCACUCCCUUCAGUCCCCCUCUCCAGAGCAGCACUCCCCUCAGUCCCCCUCUCCAGAGCAGCACUCCCUUCAGUCCCCCUCUCCAGAGCAGCACUCCCUUCAGUCCCCCUCUCCAGAGCAGCACUCCCUUCAGUCCCCCUCUCCAGAGCAGCACUCCCUUCAGUCCCCCUCUCCAGAGCAGCACUCCCCUCAGUCCCCCUCUCCAGAGCAGCACUCCCCUCAGUCACAGCAGAACAGCCGGUGUCCACCUACUCAGGAAACCCCAUCACAGCGGUGUACGCCAUCCCAGCUUCGCGGUCGGGUUACUCUGAGUACUUUGCCUCCACGCCCCCGUCCUCCUACCACAGCCCAUCCUGGAUGUCCUACCCCCCCGAGCCUGAGGACGUGCCCCCCCAGUGGGCUGACUCUGUGGCUCUCCCAGGGUACGUGGAGGCCUUCCCUCAUCCCCGCUACCCUCAAGGCAGCUCCCCCAGACUCCCCCUACACUACGGCCAGGCCAUGGAGCCACCCCCAACCCCGACCACCGCCGCGUCCCAGCAGAGCCUGCCCGAUGCGGGGGAGCCCAGAGACAGAGUCACACUCAGCAGUCUCUCCACAUCCGCCCUGGUCCAGGCCAUCCGCCAGGAGGUGGCAAAGCUGGCCAAGAAGCAGACAGACAUGUUUGAGUUCCAGGUGUAAUCCCUCCCUCUAGUGGCCGGGAGGUGGAAUUGCAGCACUCUCUUUUCUGAACAUGCUGUAAUACUAGAGACUAAACAAACUCUCAAACUCAACUUUUUUGACAUUUGUAUAUUAAGACUGAUAAAAGCCUCUUUCUUUCUAUUUCUCUCUCUCUCCCACCUCUCUCAUUGUGGGAAAAUCCCACGUUGCUCUGAUGUGUUUGAUCACCAUGCUGUUAUUUUGGAGUUACUGAAGAGUGAAAGUGUUCUAUCUCAAACUGUCAGUCAUCUCUUCUUAACGAUGUCUCUAUAGUUACAUUACAACACCUGUUUCUUUACAUUGUACAUAUGUCAUUCCCACGUCUAAAGACCUGUAAUAAUGAAAGAUGAGUGUUUCUCUAACCAGGCCAGUAACCUUAGCAACCCACAGAGGAGUAUGUCACGACAUCAAUAGAACAAUUGAUGAGGCAGAGAGAGUCGUCACAUGUUCAUGCACAAAGGUCCAACCACUUCAGAACAUCAGAAUGAAGUGAUAACGAGCCAAGGGUUUUUGGAGGAGAUAUUGGCACGGUUGUUGUUAGGCCUGAGACGAAGUCGAGGACAGGCAGACCGUGGCACUAUAUCCUCCAAACACCGGCUUCGAGGGCAUCACUUUUAUACAAUGUGUUACCAACAUAUUC